AUGGCGGUGAAUCAGAGCCACACCGAGAACCGUAGUGGAGCCAUCAUCCCCACUGGUGAAAGUCUCUUGAUGCAGACUUCAGAUGUGGAGCUCUCCUUCCCACACCAACCACGGGACACCAACCUUUUUAGUGGUACAAAGAGGGGAACAUUGUUUCUCACUUCAUAUCGGGUAAUUUUCUUGACUGCACAUUCCAUUCAUGAUCCCAUGUUGUCCUUUAUGAUGCCAUUUGACCUGAUGACUAACUGUACCAUUGAACAACCAGUCUUUGGUGCAAAUUACAUUAAAGGAACUAUUCAGUCAGCUCCAUAUGGUGGCUGGGAAGGGCAGGCUAUUUUUAAACUAGUCUUCAGAAGGGGAGGAGCCAUUGAAUUCGCCCAAUUGAUGAUGAGAGCUGCCUCUGCUGCUGCCCGAGGAACUCCACUUAGAACCUUGAAUGACUUCUUCGGCCCUGUACAUAUUUAUGUCGUUAGUGGUCAGGGGAACAUGUGCAGUCCACAGAUGCCUUGUUCAGUGAUAGUCUACAGAGCCCCGCCUGCGGGUUCCGGAUUCCCGCCUCCUGGACAGCAAGCCCCGCCUCCAGGCUAUGGCGUAACGCCUCCGGGAUAUGGAAUCCCGCCUCCGGGACAGCAAGCCCCGCCUCCAGGCUACGCCGUCCCGCCUGAAGAAUAUGGAGGCCCGCCUCCAGGAAACGUCAUUCCGCCUGCGGGAUAUGGAACCUCGCUACCCGGACAGGAAGCCCCGCCUCCAGGAUACAGCGCCCCACCUACAAGCUAUGGAGCUCCGCCUAGGGGUUAUGGGGCCCCGCCUGCGGGCUAUGGAGCCCCGCCUCCAGGCAAGGGAGCCCCGCCUCCACGAUACGGGGCCCUG